CAAAGCUGUAAGGCAUUAAUUUUUUUUUUGGGAAAAAAGAGAGAGAGAGGGUAUUUACCAUUUGUUGGGUGCAAAUUACAUUUCGCUCAGAUCAAAACACAGGAAAUUGAGAGUAAACCCUAGAAGAAAAAGAAUCAUGACGACCGGAGAUCUGGUGAAUAUCCAUCCUACGGAGCUUAAAUUUCCUUUUGAGUUGAAGAAGCAAAGCUCUUGUUCACUGCAAAUUACCAACAAGACCACUGAUAAAGUUGUCGCAUUUAAGGUCAAGACAACGAAUCCUCGCAAAUACUGUGUCCGUCCAAACACCGGUGUUGUCUUGCCCGGUGAUUCCUGCAAUGUUACAGUGACGAUGCAAGCCCAGAAAGAGGCACCUCUCGAUAUGCAAUGCAAAGACAAGUUCCUUGUUCAGUCUGUUAUCGUCUCUGACGCUACUACUUCCAAAGAUGUUCUCGCUGAAAUGUUCAACAAGGAGCCCGGUAGAGUGAUUGAGGAUUUCAAAUUGAGGGUUGUUUACAUCCCUGCUAAUCCCCCUUCACCUGUCCCCGAAGGCUCUGAAGAAGGCUACUCUCCAAGGACCGACGUUGCUGCCUCCUCCCUAUUUCUUGAUGACCACGUGUCUAGAACGCUAGAAGAAACAAAUGAGAAAUCCUCCGAGGCAUGGUCCAUGAUUCACAAGCUGACAGAGGAGAAGACUAGUGCUGUCCAGCAAUGUCAGAAGCUCCGACAGGAACUGGAGUUGCUGAAGAGAGAAUCAAGCACUAAGCAGUCUGGUGGUCAUUCCUUGGUGUUGAUGCUGUUGGUGGGUCUGCUCGGCUGUGUGAUUGGUUACAUCUUGAACCGGACAUAAGAAACUGUGUAUUGGUUGGGGGGGGGGGAUUAGCUUCAUCAUCCUUUUGAUUGUCAUUAUCACCAAAUCUUGCAAAGCCUAUUUUCACCAAGUUUUUUAAUUCAUAACAGUGAGCGUAUUCUUUUUUUUUUGGAUUUCCUUCAUUUUAAGCUGUAAAAUCAGUAAAUGUAGCACGGCUAACGUGGUGAUUUUGUGGCACUCUGUUUGAAUCUGUAGUAGUAAGUAAGAUUUUUAGAAUCGUUGGUUGGUAAUGACUGGAAUCAUCAAAAUCAGUUUGACAAAUAAGAAAAUAAAGAAAGUGUGAUAAAAGAAGAA